ACACAUAGUUCACCCUCCUCUAAAAGCGAUGGGGAAAAAAACAAAUUUCGCUAUGAGUUAAAGUGACGACCAUUCAGAUUCGCGUGGAAUUGUUUCGCAAGUCUUUAUACGUUCCGUUUAACUAAUAUUUUUGAUGUUGUUUGGAUGAACGACUUUUGAAAGUUGCAGCUCAGACACGCAGGGCGCUAACUUGUGGGAUUAGUUUGCAUGCAGUCUGGCAGCGGAGGCUGACAGCGGUGGGAUGGGCUGUGAGGUGUUCAAGAUGGCGGCGCCCUGUGGAGUGCAUCUACUCUAACAGAGGUGCCUGGAGACUGUAUCGCACUGCCACCACCAUGGCCAGGGAACAGCCCAACGUGGGGGACCUCCUCCCACACCUGGAGACCUCAGACCUCCACCAGCUAGAAGAGAUCAGAAGCCUUAUCAACGAGCAGCUCAGCACCGAGCGUGGUUCGAUGCUGCUGAAUGGGUUGGUGGAUUACUUUUUGGAGACAAAUUCUGCCCAGGCCAUGCAUAUCCUGUCUUCUGUCAGAGAGCCACAUGAUAAGCACCUUCUAGACAAGAUGAACGACUGUAUGACGAAACAGGCCUGCCGGCUGCCCACCCUCACCCUGCUCGGCCAUGUAGUCCGAAAGCAGCCGUCCUGGAUUCACAAGAUCGCUCGCUACCCUCUGCUGCUCUCACUGCUGAAAUGCCUAAAGACGGAUACAGAUGUAGUAGUGCUCAUCACCGGAGUGCUGGUGCUCAUCACACUGCUGCCCAUGAUCCCUCAAGCUGGAAAGCAACAUCUGUGGGAGUACUUUGACAUCUUUGGUCGCCUUGCUUCGUGGAAUCUUAAGAAUCCAGGACAUGUUUCAGAGGUUUACCUAAUCCACCUGCAAGCCAGCGUUUAUUCACUUUUCCACAGACUUUAUGGCAUGUAUCCAUGCAACUUUGUGUCCUACCUACGCUCCCAUUACAGUAUGAAGGAGAACAUGGAGACUUUCGAGGAGGUGGUGAAGCCGAUGCUAGAACAUGUCCGCAUACAUCCCGAGCUGGUGACUGGUACAAAGGACCAUGAGCUUGACCCCACCAGGUGGAAAAAGUAUGAAAUCCAUGACAUCGUCAUUGAAUGUGCCAAAGUGUCUCUAGACCCCAAGGAGGCAUCCUGUGAGGAGGGCUAUGCCACCAUGCCUGAGAAUUUUUACCCCCAAGUCCACCUUCGACCACAAGACUGCACAUCAAGCCCCUACACAGACCUACAGAGCAGCUAUGGAAGCUCUUCUUCAACCCCAUUUUCGACUCCACGCCAGCCACUACCACCACCCCUGUCUUUGCCCCCCUUCUCAGGGACACAAUCUUCAUACCGCAGUCCGCAGACCUCCAGACGGCAGAACUCCACCUGUGAACUGAACUCUUCCUGUGGGGGGAAGGAUCCUCUCUGGAGCCCCACCUCGCUGUGUGGCAUGGCCACGCCUCCAUCCUCAAGGGGCAUGUCACCCAACCUGGAGCUCUCCCACAGUGCCUCGCACCUUCCCAGCCGCUUCCACAGCACGUCAGGGGGUAAAGGAACACCUGCCUCCAGCACUCCAGCCACUUCAUCCCCUCCUCCUACCCUAUCAGAUGACUUCCCCAUAAUCUUCUUACCAGCCAACACAGUCCAGUCUAGUCCACCAAGAAAAGAUCGUCGGCAAGGAGAAACAAGUAAGCCUGCACUGGUAAGACAGGAACCAGUCAGAGAUGCGGAGAAGAAUUCAGAUACAGCAACUAACAGAUCAGCCGAUACAAAAAGUGCUGAGAACAUCUCCAUGACCCUGACAGAGUUAUCAGUUUUUAUGAAGAAGCAGGAGCUGGACCUUCAGCUGCGAACAGAAAAAGAGAAAGAGGAUGCUGCCAUCACAGAAGAGCUGAUGAAAAUCACUGAAGAUAAGCAGGAGAAGGAGAUGUCGGGCCUGAGGGGCUUCGACUCUCCAUUCUGUCACACCACCGAGACUCUCACUGGCUGUCAGGCACAAGACAAAGCCCUCUCCAACCCCCAGCCAGGAGGCGCCGUCCAAGAGACGCACCACGCUGCAUCGACACCAGACAAAGCAGAAGUCACCGCAAGCAGCAGCGGCGUCGGCAGCGAAAGAGGAGGCGGAGGAGACGGCAAGAGUUCCGCCCUGGAGCAGUCCUGGUCCUUCCAGUCCUGCUUCACGCCCAUUGAUCACCACCUCCACCGAAGCCCCUCCGCCCCCGACGACGAGGUGAGCAAGUUCGGGAUGUUCUCCCCGAGCCCGUGCAGCAAGACCCCGGCCCCGGUCCCCUACGAGUCGCUCUUCGACAUGGCCCUGCCCAGAGCCGCCUCGCUGUUCUUGAGCCAGAAGACCUCGGAGGCCGUGCACAAGGCAGCGAUGGAGAGGCUGCUGCAGCGGGAGGAGGGGCUGGAGGACGGGGAUGAGGAAGGGCUGGUGUCUGCUUCGCCACUGGAGGUGCUGGAUCGCCUUGUUCAGCAGGGAAGUGACGCCCACGAUAAAGUUCUCAAGAGAUUACCUUUGCCAAGUAAGUCAGCUGACUGGACACAUUUUGGAGGUUCAGCUCCACAGGACGAGCUUCAGACGCUGCGCAGCCAGCUGCUCCUCCUGCACAACCAGCUGCUGUAUGAGCGCUACAAGAGGGAGCAGCACGCCGUCCGCAACAGACGCCUCCUCCGACGCAUCAUCAACGCCACCGCGCUGGAGGAGCAGAACAAUGCUAUGAAGGAUCAGUUGAACCUGCAGAGCGUGGACAUUCUGUCUUUGAGGGAAAGCCUACAGGUGGAGCAGCAACGGUACCGGCAGCUGUGGGACGACCGCGAGACGGUGGUGACCAGGCUGCACAGUCAGAUCAGACAGCUGCAGCAGGCCCGGGACGACUACUACACCAAGAACCAGGAGCUUCAGAGCAAGUUACAAGAGAGUCAAAAAAAGAUGGACGAACUAGAGGCAGAGCUUCAGAGGGCCAACAACAAAGUCUGCCACACUGGUCACCUCCUCAACCAGAUGACUGUCAAGCUGAGCAACAGUGAGAGUACCCAGCAGCAGAUGAGCUUCCUGAACAAGCAGCUGCUGCUCCUCGGGGAGGCGCAUAAGCUGUCCAUGCAGGAGUUUCAGCACGUGGGCACCGAUAACACAAAGGAGGCCCUCAUGCUGCAGUUGUCUUAUGCGAAGGAGGUGGAGACACUAAAGCAGAGUGUGCUGGUUCAGGGACAGAAACUGGAGGCCGCACAGCAGAGAGUUGCUGAAUUGGAGACUCACCUCUCCAAAAAGGAGCACCUGAUCGCAGAGCAAAAGAAGUUCCUGGAAGAUGUAAAGUGUCAAGCAAAGGCCGAGCUCCAGGCCUCAGAUAGCAGGUAUCGGGCUCAAAGAAGAAUAACUCAGCUGCUGCAGACUGAGCUCCUGCAGCUCUACAGCCAAGUAGAAGUGGAGGCUCCGACCAGCAGCACCGCCACCAGCUCACCUCCAGGGGGCAGAGCGGACACCAUCACCCCCGCAGACCCCAGUGUCACAGUUCCAGAUGGACCAGGUAGAGUUCACACCAAGGAGGAGAUGGACAGCAGACCGCCACACGACUCCCCUCGGGGCAACGGCAGCACUUUAUUGCCAGGGCAACCAAAGGCGAGCAACAUUUCCAAGUCAACCGCCAACUCUUUCAACGGAGGUCAGGACAUGGCCCCGCCCCUGCUGGUCGAGCCCUCUGACUCGUGUCCCCACCCCAAGCCGCUCGCACCGCUGCCCGCCUCCGACGCGCCCCUCACCGUGGGCUCGUACCCCAGCGCCAAGAGCUUCCUGGGCAUGAGGGCGCGCGAGCUGUUCCGCAACAAAAGCGAGAGCCAGUGCGACGAGGAACAGCAGCAGCCGCCGCCCCCGCCCCUGGCGGGCCUCGCCCACAGCCUGAAGACUGAGCUGUGCGUGGAGCCGCCCUGCCCGGGUUACAUCGCCACCGUGAGCCCCGUUCCCUCCUCACCCCCCGCCACGACGUCAGCCCCCGCCGCGCAUCUCACCGCGCCCACCAAGAGGCACCCCUCAGAGCCCAAGCAGCGAGCCCUCAGCCAGGAAAGUCCCCGUAAAAAGGCAGGGGCGGGACAAGGUGGAGGCAGGGGCCAGGGGGGAUCGGCCCGGCCCCGGCAGCAGCAGCUAAAGAUUAUGGACUAUAACGAAACACAUCACGAGCACAGUUAAGGACUAAAAAAAAAAAAAAAAAAAAGAGCCGGGACAAAGGGCAGACGAAAGUACAGACUUAAAUUUGACAACGGAGUAAAGCUACAAAUCAGCUAAAGAGUAACAUGUCAGCAACUCUUUGGAAUUCAGUGUUAUUUGUCCUAUUCCCCUUAGUGGACAACAGGAUUUCCCCCCAAAGUGCUUUAACUUUGAGUUUUCUGUUUCAGACUAGUUCAUUGCCCUAAAAAAAAUUGAGCUGCAAAAGAUACACAGCGGAUGUUUUGUCAUUGCACACGCAAGAUGAGACUGCCAAAAAUACAGCUACAGAAUGUCAAUAUUUAAAUGGUCAAUUUACCAAAAUUUUAAGAUUUUUACCACCUAAUUCAAACUGUUCUUUCUUUUUUUUUUCUUUUUUACAGUUCAAGUCUUAUUUAACCCUGUUCAUAUGUUACACAUUGAAUUUUGUUUGGCUUUUUAUUUUUUGUCAAAUCUAAAUAUUAGAGUUAAGUCAGGAGGACUCACAGGGAUAAACAGGCCCGCCUCUCAUUGAAAACAAUGCAGCCAACAUUUUCAAAAUGUCCGCAUUAUUCUUUAGUCAUUCCAAAAUGUUCAUGAGGUGCUGUGAGCCGACUGCAGCACUGAUUUAUUGGACUAGUAAAUUAUUUGCCUAAAUUCCUUUUUAAUUUUUUUAUUUUUUUGCUCAUGUUUUUUUUUAUACAUUUUUUUCAGCCACCCAGUGUGCUCUAAAGUCUCAUCUGAUGAGUAAAAAAAAAAAGAAGCCAAGCCUCUAAAAAUAGUUACAUUCCAACAUGUCAACAUUUGAGUUCUGGUUGUUUUCAGCUAUGUUGACUUAAAAACAAAUCUGGUCCACUGGGCCUCCUUUCCACAGACCUGAGAAAAUACAGAUCUGCCUCCUUUUCUUUUUUUGUUUUAUUCUUUUUCUUUUUUAGGAGUAAACUGAUUGUCUAAAUCCUGUUGUCCACUUGGAACUUCUGCUGUCAUUUCCUUCUGCCUCGCUAUCUAAAGCAUGUUCAACAAUCCUCUUUAAAAAUGCCAACUGUAGUAGCUACAGCAAACCAAGACAGAGGGUACAAUCAGCACAAAUGGAGGAAACCAGGACUGACCGGAGCUGGAGAAUCUGGGAAGAAAUGGCAAAAAAAAAAGGAAGUUCUUAAAGCAGUGGCUUGUGUUUAACUGUGAACAAUAAAGAUCGUCUUCAAUGUUUUGCACUACA